AUGACACAGUCUCUCACCUACAUGCAGACUCGCUUGACUUCUGAGGCAGUAGAUCAUAUCAGUCUUCUGCGCGACGUUGACGGCAUCGAUUCUCUUGCCAACGAGCUUCGCCAGACCCAGGAGACCGAUAGCACUGCCGCAAGCCCGACCCGACAGUCACUGAAUCCGCGCAUCCAAUUUUUACGCCUCUCAGCAAUCGUCCGAGGACGGGUGGGUGUGCCUGGAUCUACUCCUCCAUACCAGCCUGUACCGCCAUCACUGUAUCGCGCGCUGUGUCUCGAUCAGGACGAAGGCGUGGGUCAAGGCGAAGUGACCAGUCCCUCACCCCUGCGCAAUUUCGCUGUGUCAAAUUGUGCCGUUCGGUAUGAGUCACAGCGAGACGCGCAUAUAACAACGCAGCCGGCAUUCGAAGGCUUCCCAAGAAAUCUAUUCUUCAGGACCAUCAAAAUGCCUCAGACGGGGUUUCAAGCCCUGAUACUGUGCGGUCCGGGCAUCGGACUCAGCACCUUCACCAGUGUCCCAGCAGAGUAUCCCAAGGCCUUGGUCGAAGUCGCCAACCGACCUAUGGUCUGGUAUGUCUUGGAUUGGUGCUAUCGUAUGGGCGUGACAGAUAUCACCCUCAUCACUCCGCCGACAUCGAAGGACACGAUUGCUGCCGCUCUUGCGCAAAACCCUUACCUCACGUCUCUUCCCUCGCCCUCAGCCGAUCUCCUAGCCCCAGGAUCCCUAGAGUACACCACGCCAACCGCCGAGUUACUCAGACUGCCAGAAGUGCAGCAGGUGAUCAAAUCAGAUUUCUUGGUGCUCCCCUGCGACCUGAUUUGCGAUAUUUCGGGGGACCAUUUCUUGGAGACGUACUUUACUAGGUUAGGUGGCCCUGGUGGGAUUGGUGCUGGUUCAGGCUCAGACUUUGACAAGUCACGAAACGAGCUACUAUCGCUUGGAGGUGAGCGACGUGGUCGGCGCGGUGGCCUUUCGAUAUGGUACAAUACGGUCGAUCGGGAGGAGAGCGUGAAAGGCGAAGAAUGCGACUUCAUGUGUACCUCCAAACUCGACCCUGAGCAUAAUCUGCCCCUCUCCAAGACUGCUACUGUACAAUCCCAGGGCGUCCUUCGCAAACUGGUCUGGACGAUGCCCAUGUCGGAGCUAUGGGACCAGUGUGAGGAGGACAAGUCAUGGAAGAUUCGACAGUCACUCUUGCGCAAAUACGGGGCGAUCAAGUGCAUGACCAAGUACCGCGACUCGCACAUCUACUUCUUUCCGUAUUGGGUCAAGGAAUUCGCCAAGUUCAACGAAGACUUUGAAUCUGUCAGUGAAGAUCUCGUGGGAACAUGGGCAAAGGCUGAGUGGCGCAAACCGAGCUAUCGAGCGCGAUUCGGCGCGAGGAAGAUUUUCACACACCGCCUCACCUCCCAGGAGAGCGAACUCCCUUCGCAUGAACGGCCAAUCGAGGAAGAAAUCGACUUGCUAUCGUUGAGUAGUACUCACGUCACGAACCACCGGGUGCCCCAAUCUAUAGAAGCACCACGCACAGCCCGACUCGCAUCGAGAGUGCAAAGGGACUCCGAAGACAGAAUCCUUUCGGCAGACAGUGAAUCACAAGCUUCCGAAGAUUCAGGACCUGUGCCGCUGGUUCCUCCCAUUCUCUCAUACAUCCUUCCCUCAACUUCAGACGCGCCCUUGGUGCGCCGUGUGGACACCACACCGCUCUUACUCUCGGUUUCGCUCUCCCUUGCCAAACUGCCAUCGAUCGAAGAAUGUCUCGGCACCAAAUCAGCAGUGCCACCGUACUCUCACUCAGCCAAAAUCCACGCUACCGCCACGAUUGCACCCCGAGUGACGAUCUCUCGUUCUGACACGCUCAUCGACAGCAAUAGUACCAUUGCCACGCAAUGCGUGAUCAAGAACAGCGUCAUCGGCGCAUCGGUCGCAAUUGGUACAGGGAGCCGGAUCUCAGGCUGUGUUAUUAUGGAUGGUGCCACGAUUGGGGAUAAAUGUGUCUUGACAGGCACGGUCGUAGGCAAGAAGGCCAAGAUCGGCAACAAGUGCUCAUUGACGAAUUGCGAGGUGCAGGACGGGAAUGUGGUUGGUAAUACUACGGAAGGAAAGGGCGAGAAAUACCUAGUCGGCGGUUUGGAGGAUGAGAUGGAAGGCGAGGAGGGGAUGGGAUUUGACGAUGAUAUGGAAGACGAAGAUGAUGGAGGGGAAGGCUUGAGCCUAGGAGAGCCAUGACUGUAAUGCCUCCGCAGGGUACACUGCAAUCCCGUGUGUAAACCAAUUCCUCGCAUGGCGCGUGGCUAAACCAGUGACCCCAGAAUUUGCGGUGUAGAAUCCGCAAAAGCACGCCAACCAAGGGCUAGCUGGGAGUCCGAGCACGAUCAAUGAAAGCUCCGAGAGCCCAUACUUAUUCUUUGGUUAAUAUCCGAUGGAGAGGCCAAUCGGGCCAGAAGUAGACCUAUAAGCGAGGAUGAUGGUAACCUUAGUAGCCCAAAUACUGG